AUGGUGCUCCUUCUCUUACCACUGGCGCUCCACGUGGCCCGCCUCCCCCUCAAGAACUAUCGGAUCAAUAGGGUGGAGCAGGGUACGCCAUCCCAUUGCGUCGACGCCGAUGGUGCCGCGACCGUCGCGGUGACCGCGGCGGCGUUCUCGCGCGGCCUCGACGCGCUGGCGUCGUGGGAAGAGGAGGCGGCGCUGCGCGACGGGGAGAACUGGCGGCCGACUCCCCAGGAGCAGCAGCAGCCGGCGCGGAGCCUGCAGCACGCGGAUGAUUCGCGGAUUAUUCGCGUGGCUGCGGUUACCGUUGAUGGUGCAGUGACACUUCACCACAAGCAAAUGCGAACAGCUCGAUUUCGAGUCGUGCCGUUGCCCGCGCCGCCAGCAGCAGCAGGCAACCAGACGUGGGAUGACUUUUAUCCGGAUGUUGGUAUAUACGAGCCAUUCAAUUCCACCUGCCCUGCUGUCCCCCGCGCGCCAUGGGAGGAGGACGGCUUCGACGCUGACGUGGCAGACGCGGUGGUUGCGGUAGUUCCGUGUCGCCCGAAGCGCAACUCGAUGGCGAGGGACGUGCGAUGGCUGCAGCUUCUGCUGUCGAUUGCGCGAUUCGCUAGUAAGUCCCAUCGUCCGUGGAUGCCCAUGGUCAUCGUGUCGUCGUGUCGCCCGCCGCUCAACCUCUUCCAUUGCAACUUCCUCGUGCAACCGCAACCCGCCGCGCAAGCCGCUGCGCACGGCAUCGUGGGAGCGGGGCCAGAGGGCGACGUGUGGGUGUAUAAUGUGACGGCGGCCGACAUGCGCGAGCGUAUCCAACCCCCCGGGUCGUGCGCCAUGGCGCAACCCACUGGGGGCGCCGCAGCGCAUCCCCCCUCCGCCGCACCCCCCCGCUUCGCGUUCGUGACGGUGCUGCACAGCAAGGACGACUACGUCUGCGGUGCAAUCGUGCUCGCGCAUGCCCUCCGCACGACUGGGCUCGCGCUGCCCCCCGCCCUCGUCGCGGGCUACAGCAGCGCCAAUUCCAGCGGAGGCGCGGCGCAGCCCGCGGAGGCGGAGCUGGUGGCGAUGGUGUCCGCAGAGCUGAGCGCGGACAGCCGGAAAGGGCUUGAGGCGGCGGGAUGGCGGAUUGUGGAGAUCGAGCGGGUGAGGAGCCCGUGGGCCAAGCCCGGUCAACACAGCGAGUACAACUUCAGCAAUCUGCGGUUGUGGGGGCUGACAGAGUACAAGCGAAUCGUGCACAUAGACUCGGACGUCCUGCCUUUCCGCUCCCUCUCGCACCUCUUCCUCUACCCGGAGCUCUCGGCGGGUGGCAACGACGACCACCGCUUCAAUGGAGGCUUGAUGGUCAUCGAGCCCUCGCUGUGCACGCAGGCGUUUCUCAUCGCCAACAUCCACUACUUCGUGUCGUACAACCGCGGCUUCCAGGGCUUCAUAAACAACGCAUACCCCUGGUGGCACCGCCUGCCAGACUACACCAACGUCCUCAAGCACAAGCCCCUCCACGGGCACGUGUAUCCCGACGGGGGCCUGGCUGCCCAGAACGCUCUCUUUGCGUCGGACCCCCCGCUGAUGUCCACAAUUCAUUACCUUGGCCGGAAGCCUUGGGUGUGCUUCCGGGACUAUGACUGCAACCUGUCGGCGUCGCUGCAUGACCUCAAGUUUGUGAACGACGUUGCGUUCCGGCGGUGGUGGGCGGUGCACGAUGGGAUGGACGAGAGGCUGAAGCCGUGGUGCUGGAUGAGUGAGGAGCUGAAGCAGGUGAUCUGGAGAGGCAUGAAGAAGCGCAAGCAGGAUGGGGUUGAGCCAGAGCGAUGGAAUUAUACAAUUUCGGACCCGAGGAAAGACUUGGUGCUGCCGUGGAAGGUUAACCAGAGGACAUGGCCAGGAUGGUUCAGAAAGCUGAGCCCCUCCUGUGGUUGA